AUGGACAAGGUGUAUAGGGUGACCGAGUUGAAUGAGCCGCUGUCCAACGAAGAAAGAAACCUCCUCUCGGUGGCGUACAAGAAUGUCGUGGGGGCACGCCGCUCCUCCUGGAGGGUCAUCAGCAGCAUCGAGCAGAAGACCUCUGCGGAUGGCAACGAGAAGAAGAUCGAGAUGGUCCGCGCGUACCGCGAGAAGAUCGAGAAGGAGUUGGAGGCAGUGUGCCAGGAUGUGCUGAGCCUGCUGGAUAACUACCUGAUCAAGAACUGCAGCGAGACCCAGUACGAGAGCAAGGUGUUUUACCUGAAGAUGAAGGGGGACUACUACCGCUACCUGGCCGAAGUCGCCACUGGAGAGAAGCGGGCAACUGUUGUGGAGUCGUCUGAGAAGGCCUACAGCGAAGCCCACGAGAUCAGCAAGGAGCACAUGCAGCCGACUCACCCCAUCCGGCUCGGCCUGGCGCUCAACUACUCCGUUUUCUACUAUGAGAUCCAGAACGCGCCCGAGCAAGCCUGCCACUUGGCCAAGACCGCCUUUGAUGACGCCAUCGCCGAGCUCGACACCCUCAACGAGGACUCCUACAAGGACUCCACUCUCAUCAUGCAGCUCCUCCGUGACAACCUAACGCUCUGGACAAGCGACCAGCAGGACGACGACGGCGGCGAAGGGAACAACUAGGCCCCGGCGGACUGGCAGCGCACGCUGAUGCUACUACUGCAGUCUUUAUUUUUUUCCCAUGAGUUGGGGGUCGGGGAGGGGAGGGGGAAGGAGGGGUGUCCUUCCUAGGGAGGAAGCCCACACGACACGUCCUGUCUUUGAUCGCCUCUUUGACAUUUUUGCCAAAACACCACUAGUGGGAAGUCAGGCUAGCUGUGCUGGCAUGGGCACGGCAGCCUUGCCCUGGCACCGGCGUCUGGACUGUUCUGUAGAGGAAUGCAGGUGGAGCUGUCCCGUCUUUACUUUAACUUAUUGCUAGAUGCUAGGGUUUGCUGACAAGAAGGAAGUAUGCGUGGAACGGCCCUCGAUCAAUAAGUUCUGUGGUUCCAGGAAGGGUUUCCUGUACAUACGCUCUUACGUUUUGGGUACUUUCUAUCUCAUCUGUUUCAGUCGUGACGUUUGUCUCCCGUCCCUGCAGGGUGUAUGCCACCAGACAUGGAAGAGUUUAAAUCCCAAUUGAGAGACUCGGAGUAUAAGGUAUACCCAUCCUUGUGGCUCAGGCCUUGCCAGCUCUUUUUUUGGCUGUUUGGAUUAGCCGACAGUGUUAACACUCAGUCGCAGUUUACAGUGUUUCUACAUUACAGCCAUCGGUGUGACAGGGAGCCAUGAAUAAGGGGUCUCUUUCUUCUCGAGUAGGUUUGGCUAUGCUCUGCUCUGUGGCUGUAGCCAGGUGGGUUUUGCAGUUUGCUGGGCCAGACGGCUUGUCUGAGGGAAGCGAAGCCCCCCUGAGGUUUCGGCUAACAGGUGCUUGGUUUGGGUUUUGCCCUUUCCUCAUUGAUCCCCUUUAAUAGAAACGUUCGGCGCCACAAAAACAGCGGCAGUUCAGGUCUGUGGGCCAUUCCUCGGGUUGGCAUUUGUAAAGAAUAUUCUAGUUUCCUCCGAUGCCAUCCAGCUGCUGCUUCAGGGAUGGCACUGCCAUCUCCCUCUCACUGGAUUCUGUUUCCUCCGAGCCCCUGUCCCCACCUUCCAUGGUUGGUGUUGCAGCUCUUUGGUUGUGGAAGCUGGGCGGUCUAUCCGAGAACGUCUGUGGUGUGUGAAGGUCUAGGUGCCAGAAGUGUACUGGUAGAAAAAUCCAGAAGGAAAAGCUAAGCUCAGCUGUCCUGUCAGACUUAUGGCCCUUGGCAGUGUGAUCAGUUUAUCCUCCCUUGAAAACACUUUCCUUAAGUGAUUAUUGUAGGAAGAUCAAUUAAAAUUGUUCCCAGGUAAUGAGUAUGCCCUCCUACUUGACCAAGCGCGUGCAUGUGUGUGUGUGUGUGUGCCUGUGUGUGGUUUUUCUUCUUUUGUUCUUUUAAAGAAAGCCUCCAAGUAUGGAGAGUCCACUUCUCCUGGGUCCUCGAUGUGUGUGUGUUGGGGGUUGAAGGAAGCCACCGUAUAUACUCGAGUAGAAGCCGACCCAAAUAUCAGCCGAGGCACCUAAUUUUACCACAAAAACCGCAUUAGAAUAUGCUGGGAAAACCUGGUGUAUACAUGAGUAUAUAUAGUACAUCGGUGUCCCCACACAUUUUUACUUAGCCAGGCGGAGACCUCGUUUCUCCUCCGGGAUAAAUCUGUUUCUCCAUGGAACAGUGACCUGCGGCAUGUGUGUUCUGAGCUUGGUGUUUGUUUUGUGUUUUUGUUUGUUGGGGUUUUUUGUUUUGUUUUUAAAUAAAAUGAGUAACCAUGUGAACUCUCCCAAGAUGGGUAAGGACACCAAACUCCUUUUGUCUACUUGCUUAUUUAGGCCAGGAGUGGUUUGAUGCUAAUUGAGGCAAGAGUGACCCCGGUGCGUUUGCAAAGCCCAAACUUGCGCUUGUCCUGACGGAACAAGAAGGCGUCCUGGAUCCCGGGUGGCAGCAAAGGUAGAAUGGUGGUGCCCGAUGGCCGUGGACUGAACGGACUCUGUCUCCUGGCAUCGUUGACCAGCUGCAGGACUGUCCCUCGCAGGCCCCUCCACAUAUCCAAGUGGAAGUCCCAGGGAAUUUGGUCCUCCCAGAAGAAUCCCGGAGGAGAAGGCUCUGCCACUUCUGUGGCAUGACAGAAACCAGAGGGACAUGCCGGCCGGUUGGGGGUGGGUGGGGGUGUUCUCAAAUCUGUCUUCAUGUCCAGUGUGAGUGGCGGUGUGUCCUUCCUUGUAGCAUUUGGAAAUGAUUUACUGGAAUGACAAAACCUAUUUCUGAAGACAACAACAACAACAACAAAAUUGUGUUUUCUCCCUUGAAUUUCAGCUUUGGCUCUGGCUGCUUUGUAGACUUCAUGCAAGAUCCAAACCAGCCCUGAGGGCUAAGCCAGCAGAGGGCCUGGACUCUCCUGUCAGCAGCUGAUUGGUCUCUUUUCUUUUCUUUGUUCUUAAAGAAACGCCCUUGCCUCCGAGCCUGUCUCCCAUGAAAUGACUGCUCCUCCAUCACUCUCUUCUACAAUAUUGUGCAUGCUGGUGUUGUAUUUCUCUACAGUAGCUCGGCAUUUAUUAACUUAUACCGUAGGUGUUAUGUAUUCCUAUGACAAAAAAAAAAAGAAAAAAAAUGAAGUCUUCAAAAAAAAAGUUUUUGAAGUUCUUUUGUUUGUUUUUUAAUUUUAUUUUUAUUUUUUCCUUUUGGGGGUAAAGUUUGCUCUACCAAAUAGUGAUUGUAACCAAUUGAUCUGUUUGGGAUGUUGCUAUAGUGACAUGCAGUUCUCUAUUUUGUUUUUUACAAAGGGGGUGGGGGGAGCCAAAGAAACACCAGUGUUAGCUUAAUCGUAAUGUCUGGUGUUUGUCAUGGUGAAAUUAUAACUAUUACAGUGUAGGAGAACAAAAGCUGUGUUCUCUGAAUGAGCCUCUGUGCUUCUUUGUCAUGUUAUGCAGUGAACUAUUUUUAAGGUCUAAUCAGUGAUCAUUUUCCCAACUCCCUGUUGUGCUGAGGGAUUCUUUCACACACGGACCAUGCUUAGCCGUUUUCCUCAGUGGUGGAAUAUCAUGGGUGUGAGUCAUCAUGUAGCUGUCAUACAUUGAGCAAAUAAACUUACAGAUCGGAUGUCA